CGGCUCGGGCGGCUCCGGAGGCUCCGGCGGCUCCCGCUCGCGGCUCCUGCUCAGUUCCCGCCGGCGCCCGCGGGCCGCAUUGCCGCCCGGCUCGGCCCAUGCCCAGGGCUGCUGCUGCUCCCUCCGCCGGCGCCCGGGGGGCCGCGGCGGCCGUGAGGUGGGGGCGGCCGCAGGAGGCGGCGGGGCCGGCCGCCGGCGCAGGGUCCGGGGGCGCAGCGCGGCGGGCGUAGGUCUAUGUCGCGGGCGGCGGCGGCGGCGGCGGCCGCGGAGGGACGAUGCGCGAGUACAAAGUGGUGGUGCUGGGCUCGGGCGGGGUCGGCAAAUCCGCCCUGACCGUGCAGUUCGUGACCGGCACCUUCAUCGAGAAAUACGACCCCACCAUCGAGGACUUCUACCGCAAGGAGAUCGAGGUGGACUCGUCGCCGUCGGUGCUGGAGAUCCUGGACACGGCAGGCACCGAGCAGUUCGCGUCCAUGCGGGACCUGUACAUCAAGAAUGGCCAGGGCUUCAUCCUCGUCUACAGCCUCGUCAACCAGCAGAGCUUUCAGGACAUCAAGCCCAUGCGGGACCAGAUCAUCCGAGUGAAGCGGUAUGAGAAAGUGCCGGUCAUCUUGGUGGGGAACAAAGUGGACCUGGAAAGCGAGAGAGAAGUGUCCUCCAACGAAGGCAGAGCCCUCGCCGAAGAGUGGGGCUGCCCCUUCAUGGAGACUUCCGCCAAGAGCAAAACGAUGGUGGACGAACUCUUUGCAGAAAUCGUGAGGCAGAUGAACUACGCCGCGCAGCCCGACAAAGACGACCCGUGCUGUUCCGCAUGUAACAUACAGUAGCCUUCGGACCUGGCCGCCCCCGACGGGCGUCGUCGGCCCGACCGCGGGCUCCGCGGGACACGUGCUGUGACUCUGCAGUGAAACGGCCGCCCUCCUUCAGCGUCCAGCAAGCGACUGUCAGUUGAGAUCUCCGACUACCAUUUGGGUUCAGCGACUACAGUUUUCACCAUCGGCCUCAGCCUCCUGUGCGCACCUGCAACUUGAAGGCACAGCCAGCCAGUCUACAGGGUGACCUCCCUCAGAAGCUGUGGUGGCACUGUCACCAAGGGGACAGAAGCAACUAUUGUAUACAUUAAAAGUAAUCUUGAGAGAGAAACCAGAAGAAUCCCGAUGACCACUUGCAGUUAAAAUAUUUUGUCUUCUUUAAGGAGAAAAAAAAAAAAGUAAUAAGUAAAGGAGAAAUAUUUUCCUAAGAGAGUACUGAAAUUUCCAGACUUGAGAUAGUGCUUCUAACCAAUGUAUUCCAUCAAGUCAGAUCAUAGCAGCUGACCCGCCAACCGCAUUACAGGGAGAGAUUCUUUCCUCAGCUGACGUAUUUCUGUUCCUCAAAUUUGAUGCUUAAUUGUAGAUGUUAUCCUAAUGUGUGAUGCAGAACUAACUCGUGCAUCGAUCCUUGAUAGAGCAAAAAAAAAAAAAAAAAAAAAAUCAGAACAGGUUGUGGAAGAAUACGGUCUGGCUUUAGAAUGUGUUAAGUCACCUGCUUUGCCGCAGAAAAUGGAGGCUCUCACAAGGGUUUGAUCCCAAUGAAAACCCCAAACCUACACCUCUGUUAACAAAGCAGGGAUGGUCUUAAUUGACUAGAAGAAAGCAAUGUGAUGGGAAGAUUGCUUCGCCUUACUCACAAGAAGCAUCCUGGUAGAUUAACUAGUACCAUCGUGUAAGGAAAAUGAAGCCAUGUUGCAUCCACGUGUUCUGUUUGCAGAAACCUCACAGGACACUACACACAUCUUGCAUUUUUGCGUUCGUUAAAGCAACAAAUCUUGCCUUUAAGGGCUCUGGUUGUGGUGUGAUUCUUGGCUAACCUGCUUUCGAAAUCCAGUUUGCUGUAGCAGAGCUUUAUUGCAGGCAUUUAAAAAUUGAAUAACCAUGUGAAAUAAUUUGGGCUUAAAAGUAGAACAUAAAUUAUAGAGUGGAAGGUAAGGGACAAAAAAGAAAAACACCAACCCUUUGAUCUUUAAUUUUCCUGGGGAAUUAUAUAAAGAUUUUCUUAUAACAAUUUUGCCCUGAUUACUGAAGUGGCGAAUAAAGCUAGAGAGAAUAUUUUAUUUUGCAAAGGUGCUCAAGCUCUGACAUUUUUGGCUUUCAUCACCGUGAAGUAUUUACCAUUUGCAUGACUAAUGGCACAGGAAAAACCUAUUCAUAAGUUUUACAAUCAAGUGCAGAAGGGUUUUGGACAAACUUCAGAGUUGUAUGCUGGAGAGAGUAUCUUGAGCGAAUCCUCUGGGGAUACAUUUGGCCUUCAGAACUGCAAUACCACUGAGCCCGCGAUCCGCGUCCUGCCCCCCCCCCACACUUUGUUGCUUUCACACACUUGUGCAAGUAACCUCUGGUCUUCUGUGGGUACCUGAGAGAGGAGUGUGUGUUUGCGUGCGCAUGUGUGUCUCUUGUUCCUGAGAAUUUGGCACAAGUCAGAGAUCAUUGCCUACACUGAGCAUCCCCACUGCAGAAGAUAGCGUGUCAAAAACAUUUUUUUCAAUUAUUUGCAUGUUUUUGACACUUUCUGAAAUCAUUGGUAGCCCCCAAGUGUUUAGUGAGCUGGCGUUAAGCUCAGCCGAUAGCAGAAAGGUGGAUAGUACUUUUCAUAGAUGAGCAAACAGAGAUCAGUAGGUCCAACCAGGCUGUGAUUGUUAAAAAUCUUUGAAUUGUGAAUAUUUGCAUUCCUCAAGGUUGGUUUUGUUUUGUUUGUUUUGUUUUGUUUUUUUGUAUAACCCCCAACUGCAAAGCACCUUGUUUCCAGGAUGGAAAGUUCUAACCAAUUUUACUGAAACAGAUUUCGGCAUGUUGUAACAGCUGAUUUGACUUCAAACAUUUAGAGAAAUCAGAUUCAAGAAGUACGAUUUAUCUACUGAAAAAUAGAAAUAUUUGUUACUGAAUCGGUUGAGACUUGAAGCGUCUAACUUCUCAGAAUGAUUGUUUUUUUAGAGUUCCAUAUUUAACAGACCACUAAGAGCACAUAUUAAUAAUGCCUGUAAAGACUCUCCAGUUUUCCCUUACGGAUUGCCAUGCAGACAAGAGAAAGAAGUUAAAUAUGAGAAGUGUGGCAAAAUGUAAGGUAGAAAAGAUGACUUAAAAAUCAAGAUUUUCAUCCCCAGUGUUUGUGUCAGACAGUAAGGUGGGCUUUCUCUGUAAAGAUGUUAACAAGAACUGAUUUGACUGCCUGAUCAGUGUUUGCACACAGCCCUUCAUAUUUAGUGACAAAGCAUCAAAGAUGUCCAGAAACAUGGGAACCCUCUUGUGCUCUUACUGUCGGUAUUUCAUCUCGUAUGACUAUAACUCAGUCUGAAUGAAUGUGUGUGUUGAGAUGUGAAUAACAAGCUUAAGAACAGGAGGAUUAAAUUUGCUGGCACACAAAUCAUAGUGGCCACAGAGAAAAGCUGGUGACCUUGUGUCGCUAUUUAUUUUAUGCCCUGAUCAGACUAGCACCUAGAUAAGUGGACGUUUUUCUAACAUGCCUUAAAAAUGUUAUGGUUUGAUCCAAAGACCCACUUUUUCUUUAGCUGUUUGUGAUAAGCUUUUCCUCUGUAUUCCUUUUAACACAGGCAGCGAUGUUUAAGUUCUUUUUUUUCCCUCUUUUUGCUUUUAUGUUGCAGCUUUUGGGAAGGGGGGUUCUUUUUCAAGCUGUGAUAGUGAUGGUAACGGAUGCCUUUCAUUUUGUUCAAUUUACACCAAACACGCCAGCAUCGGAUCAAAAACGUUAUGUAAAAUCUUCCUUCAACUAUUGAAAGGUGCUCCGGUGAUCUUUUCCUUUGGUUCGUAGAAUUAGAACUGAACUUUUGACUAAGUGCUAGAAUUGCCGUCACUCUUCUGUGGAAAAACUACUGAUAUUUUAUGCUUUUCUUUGUAAAGAAAUGUUGCCUAAGGAUGUCUGCUGUGUGUUUUCAGGAGUUUUCUGAUGGGAAUGUUGUCCGUGUAUGUCUGAAUGUGAAAGUGCUGAUUUCGUUUGUUGCUGUUGGUUUUUCGUUGGUUUGUUUUGGGUUUUAGUUGUUCUUCUCACUAGCCUUGUGUUCUCGCUGGUAAGCUUUACCUGUCUCCUUAGCCAAUCAAAUGUUUGAGACUAUGGGGGUCUUUUUUUUUUUUAAUUAACGUGUCAUUGUGCAUCUAUUAAAUCUUGAUCAGGGUUUCAAGAAUGACUGCAGUGGGUUUUGGAAACAGACUUAUCAUUAUUGAUUUGGGGUUUCCCAGAGAUAUAGUUCACAGUUCAUUGUUGAGCUCUAAUACAACUGACCAUUUAAAAUUGAACAGCAGUUUAUUGUUUUGUAACAAUGUCAGUUGUUAAACCUUGACAUUUCGAUUAAAACAUGGAUUGUAGUUAUAACUCAAUGCAAAUUCAACAGUUGUAUUUGGAGUUAAAUUAUUUUAACAAAUAAAUUUAUUUAAUGAAA